AACCGGAAACGUCGAAGGAGCGAGGCGCAGAAAAAUCGAAAAGCAAUGCCAAAGGUUGUCUCAAAGUCCCUUGUCUGUACCGAUACAAAAGAUGAAGAGGAAUAUCAAGGAGAAAAGCCAUUGAAUGUCUACUAUUGUCUUUGUGGCCAAAUGUGCUUAAUACUUGAUUGUCCAAUUGAGAAGUUACCAUUACGUCCGAGAGAUGGUGCCCGUGUUAUAGAUGGUGCAAAACAUGCCUACAAGAUGACGUGUGACCCUGAUGAAAUUGUGUACCUACAAAGACCUGCUGGAAUUGAAAAACAGUACAGACAGAAAUGCAAAAGAUGUGGUUUAUGGAUAGCCUACCACCACCAGGGUAGAAGUACAGUUAUGUUUAUUAUAGAUGGUUCUAUGAAGACAGAAGGCGUCAAGAAAGAUGUCUAUAGUCAGAUUGCAAAACCAAAGAAGGUGACAUUGACAAAACACACAAAGAAUAUGGGCAAGUUCAGUUCUGUUACUGUGUCAACAAUGGAAGAUGAGGAGGAGGAACUAGAAGCUAAAGAAAUUGCUGAUUCCUAUGCUGCCAAUGCCAAGGUCAUUGAGAAACAGAUGCUGAGGAAAGGAAUGAGCAAGCGUAAACUAAUGGAACAGGCGGAGGAGGAAGCAAAGAAAAUGAGACCAAAAGGAACGUUGAUAGACAAGUAGAGGGCAGUAACUGGCAGAAUAUUAUACAUGUGAGAAGACAGCAAGUGUUUCAAUCAGAGAACAACAGUACCGUAGCAACAGUUGUGUUAUUCUGUGAUACCUUCAUCCAGUUGUGAUAAUCCUACAAUUUGCAACUUUGAGAAUGGAAAAGUUUACAGCUUCGGGAUGGAAGAUAAUGGUGUGGACAAGGGGGAUAGAUUUUCAUGAUUCAACAGAAAAGUUCUCAAUGGGAAGAUGAAGUAAAUGAAAUCAAAAUAAGGAUCUAAUUUGGUCAAUGUUAUAGCAUUAUGAUAGUUACGUAUGUCAUUAUUAUGAUCACUAAUUGGUUACAGGAAAUUGAACAUGUGAAAUGUUUAGAAUUAGUUUGAAAAUAUAUUUUCUUUCCUGUAUUUACUGAUUGUACUAAUUUGUGGUAUUAGAGGGACAUACAAACGUAAGUGUUUAAUUCACCUUUUAUAUUGCAAGGAUUUUCCUUUAUUGCUCUUUCAGUGAUAGGUCAUAGUAUUUCUGUUAUACAUCAUUUAUUAUAUAUUUUAGUCAUUUUAGGCCAAACGUUGUAAAAAAAUGUAAUAUUGACUCCAUUUAAAAGUUUAUUCACUUGAAACUUUUGCAAUAUUUUGUUUUAGCUUAAGCAAACAUGAGCAAUUGUCCUGCAAAAAUGACAUAUUUGCUUAUAAAAAAAGGAUUUUAAGAAAACUUGUACAAUUCUAAAAGGUUACUACUACCAGCUCUGCAGACCUGUAUAAUAAAGUACAACAUUUAUCUAGAUAUGAUAGAAUAAAGAAGAAAUUCAUUGAUUACCUGUUACAAAUUUGGUGUUUCAAACAGUAGAUCUUUUAUCAUUGCAGAAUCUUCAUUUUACGUUUGUUUUGUGGUAGACAUUCAAAUGUGGAUAUAAACUGUUUCUGCUAUUCACAUUGUAUGUAGAGAAUCAUUUGCCACAGAAUUAUUAUAAAAGUGCUGUCAUGUUAAAAAAAGAUAUAUAACUAUAUAUUAUUUUUCAUGUGUGCUUUGCAAAAUUGAAAGGUUUUUAAAGAUUUUUUUUUCUACAAACUAACUUGUAUAUCCAAGUUAAACAACUCUUUAUUUACUUAAAAAAAUUGUUUGAAGGUUUGCCGAAUGUAUCAAGCCAUAUCAGUAAGUAUCAAAUCACGGUAAUAAAUGCAUACUACAAGAUUGAAACUUCUUACUAAUUAAACAUUCUAACAAUGGUAAUAUAAAUCAUAAGAAGGAAAAGUGGAACACAGGACCAGACACGGAAUGUAAAUACUUACAUUUAAUCUGACUAGUUUUGGGCUAUAUUAGCCCUUCAUCAAACUUAUACAUCUUAUUUCUGUGGUUACCUUUUGAAAUGAUAGAAUAAGCAUAAAUGUACAGUCAGUAACUGUUAUGAAACAUUUAUAUAGCAAAUACAAAAUAAGAUCAGGCAAUUUAAUAUAUAUAUAGUAACUAUUAACAUUUAGAUAUUUAGUCAAAUAAUUGACUCAGUCAUACAGUAAAAAACAUACAGUAUUCAACACUCUUGUGUUAAAAAAGAUAUUAAUAAUCAAAAGUUAAAUGAGUCUUGGUUGAUUUUUAGCUCACCUGAGCACAAAGUGCUCAAAGGUGAGCUUUUAUGAUCACCCCGUGUCCAUUGUCGUCGGCGUCGGUGUCAACAAUUUGACUGUUAACACUCUAGAGGUCACAAUUUUGAGCCAAUCUUAAUGAAACUUGGUCAGAAUGUUACCCUCAAUAAAAUCUUGGACGAGUUCGAUAUUGGGUAAUUUGGGGUCAAAAACUAGGUCACCAGGUCAAAUCAAAGGAAAAGCUUGUUAACACCCUAGCGGUCACAAUUUUGGCCCAAUCUUAAUGAAACUUGGUCAGAAUGUUAUCCUUAAUAAAAUCUUGGAUGAAUUCGAUAUUGGGUCAUCUGGGGUCAAAAACUAGGUCACCGGGUCAAAUCAAAGGAAAAGCUUGUUAACACUCUAGAGGCCACAUUUAUGACUGUAUCUUCAUGAAACUUAGUCAGAAUGUUAAUUUUGAUGAUCUUUAGGUCAGGUUGGAAUCUGGGUCAUACGGGGUCAAAAACUAGGUCACGAGGUCAAAUCAAAAGAAAAGCUAGUUAACACUCUAGAAACCACAUUUAUGACCUUAUCUUAAUGAAACUUGGUCAGAAUGUUAAUCUUCAUGAUCUAUAGGUCAUGUUCAAAUCUGGGUCAGGUGGGGUCAAAAACUAGGUCACCGGGUCAAAUCAAAGGAAAAGCUUGUUAACACUGUAGAGGCCACAUUUAUGACUGUAUCUUCAUGAAACUUAGUCAGAAUGUAAAUCUUGAUGAUCAACAGGUCAAGUUCGAAUCUGGGUCAUGUGGAGUCAAAAACUAGGUCACUGGGUCAAAUCAAAGGAAAAGCUUGAUAACAUUCUAGAGGCCAUAUUUAUGACUGUAUAUUCAUGAAACUUAGUCAGAAUGUUAAUUUUGAUGAUCUUUAGGUCAGUUGCAAUCUGGGUCAUAUGGGGUCAAAAACUAGGUCACCAGGUCAAAUCAAAAGAAAAGUUAGUUAACACUUUAGAGGCUGCAUUUAUGACCAUAUCUUAAUGAAACUAUCUUGAUGAUCUUUAAGUCAAUAGGUCAGGUGAGCGAUACAGGGCCUUCAUGGCCCUCUUGUUUUUAUUAUGCCCCCCUUCGAAGGAGGGGUAUAUUGUUUUGCAGAUGUUGGUUGGUUGGUCGGUCCGUCUGUAUGUAGACCAAUCUGUUUGAGGAUGAUAACUCAAGAACGCUUUGGUCUAGGAUCAUGAAAGUUGAUGAGAGAGGUUCGUCAUAACCAGAAGAUGACCCCGCUUGAUUUUGAGAUCAGUAGGUCAAAGGUCAAGGUCUCAUUGACCCAGAACAGUAAAACAAUUUCCGGAUGGUAACUCAGGAACGCUUGGGCCUAGGAUCAUGAAAAUUGAUAGAGAGGUUGUUCAUCACAAGCUGUUGACAUCUGUUGAUUUUAAGAUCAGUAGGUUGAACAUUUAAACGGUUUCCGGACGUAAACUUGAGAACACUUGGGCCUAGGAUCACGAAACUUGAUGGUUGACCAUGAUCAGCAGAUGACCCCUAUUGUUUUUGAAGUCAGUAGGCCAAAGGUCAAGGUAAGCGACCCAGAACAGUUAAAGGUUUUGGAAUGGUAACAUAAGAACUCUUGGGCCUAGGAUCAUGAAAGUUGAUAGGGAGGUUGAUCAUGACCAGCAGAUGACCUCUAUUGAUUUUGAGGUCAGUGGGCCAAAAGUCAAGGUCACAUUCACCCGGAACAGUUAAAACUGUUUCCGGACGAUAACUUGAGAACGCUUGGGCCUAGGAUCACAAAACUUUAUAGGCAGCAUAUGACCCUAUUGAUUUUGAGGUCAGUAGGUCAAAGGUCACAUUAACCCAGAACAGUAGAACUUUUUUGUACAUUGACCAAAUAAUUUCAGUUCUUUGUGCAAUUACUGAAUGUAUCAAGGGGGGCAUUUUGUGUUCUACGAGUUCUUGUUUUCACAUUGUUGUCCCUUUUUGAUGCAAGACAUUGAAAGUUUGUAAGAAAAUGUUUACAGUUUGCAGCUACAUAAUUUUAUGUAUCAGUGACAUCAUGUCAUAACAGUGACAUAAUGCCACUGACAUUAUCACUGUGUAAACUCAAGGAGUAUGUGUUAUGGACAGUUCUUGUUUCCUUCACUUUCUCUUUCCUUCUAUUUCUCAGAGUGUGGUAUUCCAAAAAGGGCUUCAUCAAAAUGAUCCCAUUUCUUUUCAAAAGAGUAGAAGUAGUGUGGGUUAACAUGAGAAGUUUCAGAAAAAACAUGUUCACUGCAUGAUUUGUUUAUAAAGAGAAUGAUAUGAGGAAUUAAUUUACUCAUGUUUCCUAAGUCUUUAUACAUCCUUGUAUAAAAGCGAGAUUAUUUGUCAUUUUGCUCAUGUAUGUUGGCAGAUUGAUAGACCAGAUCAAUUCUUGUGUAGUUUGACCUAUAGCCAUCAUACUUCAUAAUGUGAUAUCAUUGACAAGUAUGUCAGCUAUUAUGAUUUGCCAUUCAAAGUUGCAGUGACUUUGAAAUGAAAAUUCUUUAAUUGCAGGACAUAAAGUUAAGAAAUUUCACAGAAUUGUCAGUGGUCUGAAAAUAACCUCUAUGUGAAGUAGUAACAUUUUAAAGCUAUUUCUGUUGAAUGAGCAGUCAAGGACGUACUUCUUAAACUUGGUAGUGUAUUUGUCAUUGGUAUAUGAAUGCCCAGAAAGGCUGAUAUGGAGAGCAUGCAUAUUUUACAAGAAGUUCAUGUCGCUGUGUAAGUGAUAAGGAUUAAUUUCUUAGCAGCUUCAAAAGGUUGUCAUUAGUGAUGAAACAUUUUGAAGCAUCUGAAACUGUAGUUUCAGUUGUUGUUGUUGUCUCUUCCUCUGCUGUGUGUCAUGUUGAAGGUUGUUUUUGCUCUUUUCAAACUUCUUAGCUCGCCUGAGCACAAUGUGCUGGGUGUUAGCAGUUGUUAUCAUUCACUGUCCGGUUGUUAAUCGUUUCCUUUAAAUAUCAUCUCUGAAACCACAUGUUGGAGCUUGAUGAAACUUGACAUGGAUGAACCUAGGAUGGCUUCCUGUCAAAGUUGUUAAGACAGUUUUACUUUUCUGCACAUAAUGGCAGUCAGAAUUAAGAAAAAGAAAACUUUUCAAAUGCAAUCUUUGUACUAUUUCAAUUUUGAAAUAAGUUCACAGUCACUGUGGGUGACUGAAAUAGUGUUUUUCCAAUGACAAAUAUUUACAAAAUGUUGAAAACAGGUCUUCUACAGAAAAAUAUCUGGUCAAGUUUCAAAAUAAUUUCAUAGAAAUGUUCUAGUCAUGAAUUCUUUUUAUCUCUGAAUCGGCAGUCCAUAACGACAUUUCAUGGAAGUCAGUUAAUCAAAUGCAACAGUUUGUCAGAUUGUAUAUUUGUUCAAAUUUGAUUCAUCAGUAAAGACGAUUAAUCUGAAGUAAUAUUUUGUUGAAAAAUGCCAGGAACUGUCAUUAGGAUUGUCUAACAACAACACUUAAAGCUGCACAUUUCAUUCAUUCAAUAGAUAGCCAAAAGUUAAUUGACACAUGCACAAAAUAAGUCACUGCUCUUGAAAAAGUACUUUGAUAUUUGAUACAGUAUACAAUCCCUUUUAAGAAAAAAAACUGUCGUGGUCAGCCUUUUACCAUGUUCAGCAGAUUGUUAUAUUCAUUGAAAUGGUCUUUGACAAAACAUGGUGCAACACCAGUUAUCAAAGUAAUUUGACUGAAGUGUUUCUUGGAUGACUACCAAAGUUGUUACUUGUUUGAACUUUGAACCUGAAGUAAGCGAUAUAAUGCCAUCAUGGACCUCUUGUCUUCUUUUUUAUUGCAGAAUAAAAAAAACAACACAAAAAAAGAACGUAUUAAAUGAAUUUGAUAAAAAAUGAAAAUAAGAUAAAGAGAUACAGAUUACUCUUUGCAAUUCCUGUAAAUCUUGUUUCUCUCAGUCUACAUGAUAAUAAUAAAUUAAUAAUAAUUUAUAGAAACAUGCAUUAUUAGGCUAUUACAAAGACAGUAGCACUGCAUACACAAGAAGAAACUAGUACACAUGUAUAAGUACUCUACAUAUGCUAUAACAUGGCCUAGGAGCCACAGGUUUUAACAUCUUUAAUACCAAGCAGAAGUAUAAGUUUGAGAUGAUGUAUAUAUAUCCCACCCCAACUAUUUCACAAAUGGAAUGGGUAUUAACUGGACAAUAUUUCUUUACCAAGUUUUGUUUUGAUAGAAACUUAUUCUGUGUUUAUUUAUUAAAUGAUCCAAACAUUUUUCCUCUUAAAAUAUUUACAACUAAAAUGUGCAAAUAUGUUGCCAGUUAAGAAAAUGGAUUUGUAUGAAUUUUGGAAAAUGAUAAAGAUAAUGCUUUCAGGUGUUUCUAAACUAUUUACAAAAUGGAUGCCAGUAUGCAUCUGGUAGAGGUUGAAAUGGAAAUUACGCUGUGAGCAAUUAUUGUGUUUGCUUUGUUUAUCAGAAUACAUAGAUAUUUUCAGAUAUUGUGUAUUUGUUUAUACUUUCAGUUGAGGAUAUUAUAAAUUUUUGUUUAUUUUACUAUGGUGUAAACAGAUUCAUUUAAGAUCUUGUUUGAGAAGUAUAAGAGAAUUUGAUUGUACAAUAUAAAACAAAUUUUCUUUCUCUUUUCUGUAUUCAGCUGGAUAGCUCAUCCAGGGAAAAAAAUUAUAUUUGAUAUUUUUAUCAGGGUUGCCACUUACCUGGAACAGUUGGGGGAAAAUGAUUUUUUUUCAAGGUCAAUAAAUUGUCAGGGAAAUCUUGAUAAUGGUCAGUGAAAAAUGAAAUUUUAGAAAAGUCAUGGAAAAGUCUUGGAAAAUAAAAUUCUUGGUCCAUGUUUAAAAUGUACAGUGGCUGUGGCAGCCUUCAAGCAGUAUUUAUUAGUAUUUCCAAACACAUUUUGGUGUUUGUGUAUAAACAUUAUUUAAAUGUGUUUGAAUCAAUUUCGUUUUAUGUUAAUUUUUGGAAUUUUGAAGACUGAAAGACUUUGUUACCCUUUGCCUCCAAAGCAUAAAUAUAAAAGGGUGGAUUGGACAGCUGUAGGGGGGGGCGGGGAGGAGGCCGGAAAAAUAUGGUGGUAUUGGUCAGUGAAAAGUAUGGUUUAGUCAGGGAAUUUCAUUUUCUCAAUUAAGUGGCACCCCUGUUUAUGUCCCCAUUGGAAGAAGAGUUAUAUUGUUCAUGGCAGUCUGCCUAUCAGUCUGUUGGUUCAAAUAGAAAAUGCUUUGGCCUAUUGUAGAAGGCAUAAUUAUGUAUUUUACAUAGCUGUCAUUCAGUUUGAGACUACCAGAUAUUGUAGUGAUAUAUUUAAAUUAUUCAUGAGUAAUAAAUGUUAUGAUUAUUUCAGAA